AUGGCCAUGGUCUCAAAUGAUCCCACUUGGUGGCUGACCAUCAAUGCAUAUCGUUUUUCCAGCUAUUUCAUAGUUGCUGCAUUUGUUGGAGUGACAUAUGAUUGGGCACUUACAUUCGGGCAAGAGGUCGAGUUGGUCUGGAGGCAACGUUGGUCCCUAAUGACGGUUCUGUAUCUCGGUGUGCGCUACCUUGGAAUCUUAUAUGCUGCCCUGAGCAUGCUGACGGGUGUUCCGACCAUCUCGCUGACGGAUACAGUGAGCUGGAUCGUGUACGUCAUGUGGAAUUGGACUGGCGGUCUAGUAUUUGUGAUGCUAUGGGUCAUCAUCAUCACUCGGUUGCAUGCCAUGUAUCAGCGGUCCAGAAAGAUCCGGAUAUUUCUCAUUGUCACCUUCCUGGCUAUCAACACCUUCGGUGGAGUAUCUAACGUGAUUGCAACGAUGCAUAAGGAAUUCCUUCUCUCUGACAGCUAUCAGUGCUCGACUGACUCUGCAAAAGAUAUCCCACCUCUGGUUUCCAUUACUUGGAUACUCAUCGUUGUGUGGGAGGUCCUCACACUGUGUCUCGCAUUCUGGAUUGCAGUAAAACACUUUCGUGAAUUGCGACAGCAUUCGGCAGGAGGAAUGAUCAGGGACUGUUUUAUGACGUUGAUGAAAACUCACGUGGUUUACUCUGCGAGCGUUCUUGCUGUUUCUUGCUUCCAGCUCAUUGUUAAUUUCUCUCCAACACCCAUAACGGACUUAAGUUCUCUAGAAGUUCAGACUUUUUUUGGCUUGGUUCACAUUUUGGAGGUCGUGGAGAUGUCUGUGCUGGGACCACGCCUGAUCCUUGGCGUUCGUACAUACCACGCUAACCUCGUGACCAACUCUGACGCAGCAACCGGCAUGACCUCAAUCGCUUUCCAGGAGCGUGUGCAUAUAUCAACUGGCAGUGGUGUAUAA